AUGAAUCUCAUGUUGUCAGUCGAGUCUGGGGACAAUGACGCCUUCUACAGGAUACAGCGAGCUGAUCGGGGGAUCGUCUACGUCGCCGUCUUUGGUGAAGACUUUCUUCCCGGGCACGCCCGUAACCACGGCCCCACGGUCCUGGCCGAACUGGAGAAACUGGACGAGUGGAACACGCCCUGGACGACCCUCACGAUCCAUGUGGGCAAGGGAACGACGCGCUGCGACCUCGACAGGACCCCUGUCCCCUCCGUUCCCAAGACGUAUCUUCUCGACGAAUACCCCGUCUACCGCUUUGAAAGCCUCCGCCUUGUUCGCAAGCACAAGUCGCGCACCUCCGAGGUCGAGAUCGACGGCAAUGUGUACUUUCUCAAGAUUGCACGUUUUCCCCACGAGAUCCCAUAUGUCAUCCAAGAACUCCAGAGCUAUCAUGGCCUGAUAGACUGCCCUGUCACCGCCAAGCUCGUCGGCUAUGUGUACGAGACACACGCGGACCGCGUCAUUGGCUUCUUGGCGGGAAAGCUCGAGGGGCGCGUUCCCAAUCUCGGCGAUCUGGAGGCGUGCAAGACCGCGCUCGAUACCCUUCACCACUACCUGAUCCAUGGCGACCUUGUCAAGUACAACAUUGUGGUAACGCAGCAAGGACCCAAAUUUAUCGAUUUUGAAGAUUCGGUGCUUCAGGGUACAGAUGCCUGGAGCAGCAGUGCCCGAGACGCGGAGACGAAGAUUCUAGAAGCUAAACUAGCCGACGAGUCGGGAGCCGGCCGUCCUUGGUAG